AUGGCGGAUGAGGAAGAGACGGAGAAGGUCGAGCCUGGCCUGAGUGAUGUAGAGGAUGAGGAGGAUAAUGAACUGGCUGCAAAGAAGCACCGGCAGCUUGUGGAUGCACUCAGCACCUUGGCUGGAGGAAAGCGGCAGCGAGCAGCUGAGCGUACUGAGGCAAGCGGAAAUGUCUCGGAAUUUGAUGUGGGCAGUGGAGGUGCUGAUGAGAAAGUGGUGCUCUUGGAGCUGCUGCAGCCUGUUUCCACCUCGUCGGCUCUUGGUUCUGUUCGGCGACAGCUGAACAAAGUCCAGCAGACCAAGGCGGUCCAGCUCCCACUGAGCAAGGAGGAGAGUGAACGGGUGGUGAGAGAAGCUGCAUAUACCCAGACAUCCCAAGCGCUGGCUAAGUGGGAUCCGGUGGUGCGCCAAAACCGGAAUGCUGAGCAGCUGGUCUUUCCACUGCAGCAGGAUUCUGUGACCGUUGCACCCAUUGAAGAAGUGAUAAGCAAUUGGAAGCCCCGGACACCACUGGAGGAAGAGAUCUACAGUCUUCUCCACAAAAAACGGCAGCCUGUGAAGGAUCCGCUUCUGACUCCCUAUGAGAAGGCCUCGCUGCAGGCCAUGAGCCUGGAAGAGGCUCAGCUGCGCCGGAUGGAGCUCCAGAAGGCUCGGGCCUUGCAGUCCUUCUAUGAAGCCAAGGCACGCCGUGAGCGGAAAAUCAAGAGCAAAAAGUACCACAAAGUGCUUAGGAAAGACAAGAGUCGUAAGGCACUGCAAGAGUUUGAGACACUACGGAAAUGCAACCCUGAGGCAGCCCUGGAGCAGCUGGAGAAGAUGGAGAGAGCCCGUAUUGAGGAAAGAAUGAGUUUGAAGCAUCAAAACAAAGGCCGAUGGGCCAAAUCUACCGUCAUCAUGGCCAAGUAUGACCUAGAGGCUAGGCGGGCCAUGCAAGAACAGCUAGCCCAGAACAAAGAACUGACGCAGAAAGUUCGCCCAGCGUCGGACAGCGAGGAGGAUGGCAAGGACACUGAAGCAGAGGGGGGCCUUGUUCCUGAUGUCAUCAACGAGGGCCAUGUUGGAGUGGAUCCAGACAACCCCUGGAUGCGGGGCAAGCCCUCUGCAGAGUCUAAGGAAGCGCCUCCAGCUCCAGAGGAUUGUGUAGGGAGUGCUGAGGAAGAAGAGGAACUGGCUGUGUCCAGCGAGGAAGCUUUGUUGCAAGAUUUCGCUCAAUGCCGGCAGGGCCGGCAUCAUUUACAAACUAGUGGUCCUGGUGGACAAGAGGCUGCCUUCGUGCUGCCUGAUGUGCUCCCACAAGCGCCCCCAAGCCCUGUGCCGGAGGGACCCCUCCUGAGCGAGAAGUUAGAGCGGCUCAAGACCUUAGAGGAUAUGGAAGCCCUGGAGCCAGAGGAAGAUGAACAGAGACCCGAGCCGGUGCGGUCAGAGGACGCUGAAUCUCCGCAGCCAACGGAGGUGGAGCUGUCCUCUCAGCCCAAGGGUGGCAGGGCCCCAGCUGCCAAACACAAAGCGACAGGCAAGCGCCAGGCACUCAUUGAUCUGAAGGCAGUCCUGAGCGAGGCAUCCACUCCCAUGCAAUGUCCGCUGGUGCCCAAGGCGGUACAGGAUGAGCUGGAGUCGGCCACAGACCAGCGCCAGGUGAUCCGCGAGGCCUUUGCCAGCGACAACGUUGUGGCAGACUUCAUGAAAGAGAAGCAUCGUGCAGAACAGGACAGCAAGCCCAAAAUGGUUGACCUGGUGCUCCCAGGCUGGGGUGAAUGGGGGGGCACCGGCCUACAGCCUAGCGCCAAGAAGCGGAAAAAGUUUCUUAUCAAACCAGCCCCUGGACCCCCGAGAAAAGACCAGCACCUGCCCCAUGUGAUCCUUAGUGAAAAGCGAAAUAUUUCAGCUGCCGCUCAUCAGGUGAACCAGUUGCCGUUCCCCUUUGAAAACACCCAGCAGUUUGAACGCAGCAUCCAAGCGCCCACGGGCUCCACCUGGAACACCCAACGUGCUUUUCAGCGGCUGACAGCCCCCCGGGUCAUCACCGUGCCUGGUCACAUCAUCCCCCCCAUCAGUGCUGAGGAUGCCAACCUGACCCGUCAAACGGAUACAAUGAAAGCAGCGGGACAAAAACCUGCCUCGGAUUUCAGGUCUCCUCCCACAAGUCACAACCGCCACAGGGCCUCCAAGAAGAAAGGCCGGAAGCAGUGAGCCCACCCUACUCAGCCCUUUUCUCUUCUUUUCAUUUUGGUUCCUCCUUUCUGAGGAUCUGCCACACAUACUUUGCAGGGGUGAGCGUUAUCAGUUCCUGGGGCUGCUCACAAGGAACCUAUGUGUUGCAAUUCUCCCCCCAUCUGCUUCAAGUGAGAUGGUUUUGGCCUCUGCAUCUUUUUUUCCUCUAAGAGAACUAGCUCUGCUUCUGUUUGGGGUCAGUCCUUUGGGUAAUCAGGUUGAGAAGGAAAUAAAUAAUCUUCCUCUAUGCAAAUCUGUCUCUUCCUCCUGAGCGGCUAUGGUGGGUCCCUCAUUAAUUACUGUUUGUAAACAAUAAGAAGCAUAACUGCAUAUUCACAUGGAAAUGGUCCACUCUGAAUUAAAGGUAGAAACCAGGACGUGGAAUGGAUAAUUCCAUGUAGUGCAUUGGUCCAGUGUUGGCUCAGAAAGUCCCAAAGCCAAAAAUGACCCAAGCAAUGCCAUCCCCUUUAUACAUUUCCAUGGUAUACCCUGCACUGUGGGAGUUUCUGGCUAUAGAGAAGCUGUUUUUGAUGGCAUUCCUCCAAGAUGAAAGAUACCUAUUGUGCCCCUAAUCCCUUCCAAGAUAAGCAGCACAUCUGAAGGGGUGGAGGGAGACAUGCACGUCUAUGAAAUCUGCAUAGGCUCAGUCAUCGCAUAUACAUGGUACGGGCUACUUUUUCUGGCCUGCCCAAACUUUCCCAGCAAAUCCUUUGAAGUCUCAGCAGAGUGAGUGGCUGAUCACCAUGUGACAGGCCCCUGAAGGAAGUUGCCCUGCUCCCAUUGCAGCGAGGGGGAACGAUUACCAUCAAAAUUACCAAGGGUAAAAAACAAAGAUUACCAAGGGUGCAUUGCUGCCCAUAGUAGGCCUAUUUGUCAAGGAGUUUAAAAGAGAGAGAUCUUCUCAUUCUACACUUUCAUUCUUUUGUUAACCUAAGGGUUUGGUCUGGAUAGUAUAAGUUGCAUGGGGAAACAGCAAAAGGCAAUAAACAUGUCAGAAUUGGAGAAUGAUGGUGAGAAUGGCAGGAAAUGUGUCUGUUAAUUGCUCGAUUUCUCCUCGAGCACGAGCUAUGGCUACCUUUGCAAUGUAGAAGCUCCCAGGUUCAGUUGCUGCCACAUGCAUUUGCCUGGGCUCUGCCCAAGAUUCUGGAGAGGCAGCCCCAGCCUGAUCAAACAAUAUUAGGCUGAUUCAGUCUACAGAGGCUAUUUUCCUCCUAUCUUAAAAAAAAACAAACCAGCCACAGAAAGCAGACAUCAGAAAUUUAUUUUAUUGCUUUCUACCUUCUGCUUACCUUUUCGUUAUAGAAGACACAUUCUCUGUUUGUUAAUUUCACUAUUUUGCCAUUAGAUUCUAAGUUUGCACUGUUUUGCAUGCUUAACCACUAUCCACAAGCGAUAUGUAGCACCGCUAACUGAACGCCAUUUCAUUCUCUGAGGAAGUGUGCUUUUAGCACACGAAAACUUACAUUCUCAUUAAAACUUUGUUUGUCUUAAA